CGUUGCCGCAGUGGCUUGUGGUCAAUGUAUGUUGCUGUCGUUAAAACAAACUUUUAGUUUUUGAAACUUCUUCAUGUUAUUAGACUCAGACAGUUGGUUUAUAUUCAUCCAUCCAUCCACCGUAAACCGCUUAUUAUUUAACGUUAUUUAUUAUUUAUUUAUUUCGUUUCCUCGUCGCCAUAGUAACGACGAGUAGGCGUUGCUAUGGCUGCCAGCCGCUUCUUCAAACACGUCACUUCUUAUUAAAAACAUAUCGAUCUUCCUCCUUCAGUUAUUGACAGCUGAUCGACGGACGGCUCCGCGUGAGGAAGCUUCACCUGUAACCUACCCUGUCCAGGUGAGGUCUCCUCCUGCAGGUCCAACAUGGCGUCUGAUGCGUCUCGUUCAGGUGACGGCGAGGUUAAGGUGAGGAGGAGGAGCGAGGAGAGGAGGAGCGAAGACAGAAGGAGCGAAGAGAGGAGGAGCGAGGAGAGGAGGAGCGAGGAGAGGAAGGAGGUUCAGGAAGCGGGCAUCGAGGAGUUAACGUCUGCCGGUCACAGAGCGCUGCAGGAGGGCCGGACGGAGGACGCUUUGACCUGCUUCAACCACGCACUGAAGGCUGCAGGACAGCUGCAGGACUCGCGGGUCCUCCGGGCCUGUUCUUUUAACCUCGGUGCAGCCUAUGUGGAGGCGGGCCGGCCUCAGAAAGGUCUGGACCUCCUGCGUCUGGCUCAGUCUGGUCCGAAGGCCGACCGGCUCCCGGACCUCCAGUUCAACCUGGCCCUGGCCCACAAUGAACUGGGGCAGAACCAACAGGCCGCCGCCUACUUCCUGCAGGCCGCUCAGCUGUACCGGUCACAGGGAGACGGAGGCAGCGAGGGGGACGCCUGCAUGGAGCUGAGCCGCUGCUACAGCAGAGUACAGGACUGGCCUCUGGCGGUUCAGGGUUUCCUGCGGGCUGCAGAGAGUUACAGACUGGCGGCCAUGUUGGAUUCUGCAGCCGCUGCCCUAAAAGAGGCAGGAAGUCACAUGAUCCAAUCGGAUCAGUUCAGCCAUAAUGACAUCAUCGGCGUGCUGACAGAGUGUCUGAGUUUGACAGACAGCAUCACUGACCCGAGGAUUCUGGGUGAGUUGUACCUGUCAGUGGGUGUGUCUUACUGCCAUCUCAGGUGUUUCCAGGACGCCGCGCGGUGCUUCCAGCUGGCUCUGGGCCCCGCGGCUCAGCGCCCCCUGCUGGCCAAAGUGCUGCACAACCUGGGAGCUGCUCUGAACUCUGUGGGCCAGUUCACACCUGCUGUGGGCUACCACAGGCUGGCCGCUGGACUCUACGGCUCUCUGGGUUGCCGUGGCGACCAGGCUCGGUGUUUCAGUAACUUGGCUUUUGCCUUCAGUCAGCUGGGUGAUGAAGAGGAGGCGGCGGAGAGCUUCAUCCACGCUCUGCAGGGAUUCAGAGACACAGAGGACCACCUGGCUCAGGUCCAGGUGUGUGAGUCGUUGGCAGAGUGUUACCUGAAGCAGAGGAAGCAGAAGAAAGCUGUCCAGCUCUACAAACAGGCUCUGGCCGCCCUGACUCACUGCAAGGACAGUUCUGGCUCUGUUCGGGAUCGUCUGGUGGAGCGUCUGACUGCAGCUCUACAGCAGAGUCUGACUGUCAGUCCGCAGAGGCCACGCCCACACAGACCACCUAUUGGACAGCGGGCCAGGAAGAGUGACAUCACACAGAGUCCAUGCCAAGUGUCAACCAGCAAUCAGACAGUCAGAGGUGGGAGGGGCAAGGUGAGUGAGACAGAGUGUCAUUACCUGCUGAUCAGUUUCCCAGUGUUGACGUCAGUAACUUCCUCCUGUCUGUUGUGGGUCCGUCAGGUGCUACAGUGUCAGAGCAGGAGGCCACAGCUAGACAGGAAGCAGCAGAGCAUUGCGGGUCAGCAGGCCGCGGAGCCACUGGAGCACCUGGACUACACAGGUCAGACCAGCUGCAGCACAGUGAGUCACCUGUUACACCUGGUCCUGAGUUCUCCUGGUUCUCUGAAGUUCUACUGAGAACCCAGGAGAACCCGUCUAUGACACAUAAUUUCAGAACUGUCUGAAGAUGUUCCAUUAACAGACAGGAAGUGUUCGUGAUGAC